GCUGAGACAGCUCUGGACACAGGCAGGGGCUGGUCAGCUGCAUGUGCCACCCUCCAGCCAGCUCCCAGACUGAGAGGAGGACUCCCAGCCCAGAACAUGACACAAGAUAAGAUCACUGGAACUCUGGUUUUCACCGUCUUCACUGCUGCCCUCGGCUCCUUCCAGUUUGGGUAUCACCUUGGUGUGAUCAAUGCGCCUCAACAGAUAAUAAUAUCCCAUUACAGACAAGUUUUGGGUGUUCCGCUAGAUGACCGAAAGGCUGUCGACAACUAUGCUUUCAACAGUACCGAUGAACUGCCCACCGCCCCAUACUCAAUGCCCCCAACUCCGGCCACUUGGGCUGAGGAAGAGACCACGACAUCCGCUGGCCUGGUCACCAUGCUCUGGUCCCUGUCUGUGUCCAGCUUUGCAAUUGGCGGAAUGAUUGCAUCGUUCUUUGGUGGGUGGCUUGGGGACUUGUUUGGAAGAAUCAAAGGCAUGCUGGCAGCCAACAUUCUCUCCAUAGUGGGAGCGCUCUUGAUGGGGUUUUCCAAACUGGGACCAUCUCAUAUUCUUAUCAUCGCAGGAAGAAGCAUGUCAGGACUCUAUUGUGGGCUAAUUUCAGGCCUGGUUCCAAUGUAUAUUGGUGAAAUUGCUCCAACCACGCUCAGAGGUGCCCUUGGCACUAUUCACCAGCUGGCUGUUGUCACAGGCAUUCUUUUUAGUCAGAUCAUCGGCCUCGACUUUAUCCUGGGCAGUUAUGACCUAUGGCACAUCCUCCUUGGCCUGUCUGCUGUGCCGGCCAUCCUCCAGUCUCUACUGCUCUUAUUCUGUCCAGAAAGCCCCAGAUACCUUUACAUCAAGUUGGAGGAGGAAGCCAAAGCAAAGAAAAGCUUGAAAAGACUCAGAGGAAGUGACGAUGUCACCAAAGACAUUAAUGAGAUGAGAAAAGAGAAAGAAGAAGCAUCGAGUGAGCAGAAAGUCUCUAUCAUUCAGCUCUUCACCAAUUCUAAGUACCGACAGCCUACUCUGGUGGCGCUGAUGCUGCACAUGGCUCAACAAUUUUCUGGAAUCAACGGGAUCUUUUACUACUCAACCGACAUUUUUCAUACGGCUGGAAUCAGUCAGCCUGUUUAUGCAACCAUUGGAGUUGGUGCUAUCAAUACGGUUUUCACCGUUCUCUCUGUAUUCCUCGUGGAUAAGGCAGGGCGGCGCUCUCUGUUUCUAAUUGGGAUGAGCGGGAUGUUUUUCUGUGCCAUCUUCAUGUCGGUGGGACUCGUGCUACUGAACAAGUUCACCUGGAUGAGCUACGUGAGCAUGGUGGCCAUCUUCCUCUUCGUCAGUUUCUUUGAAAUUGGGCCAGGCCCAAUCCCCUGGUUCAUGGUGGCCGAGUUUUUCAGCCAAGCACCUCGCCCUGCGGCGUUAGCGAUCGCUGCGUGCUGCAACUGGACGUGCAAUUUCAUCGUGGGCCUGUGCUUCCCGUACAUCGAGGGCUUCUGCGGACCCUACGUGUUCUUCCUCUUUGCUGGCGUGGUUCUGGCCUUCACCCUGUUUACAUUUUUUAAAGUUCCAGAAACCAAAGGAAAGUCUUUUGAGGAAAUCGCCGCAGAGUUUCGGAAAAAGAGAGGCUCGGCUCAGCAGCCGAAAGCUGCGGUGGAAAUGGAAUUCCUCGGAGCUGCAGAGACUGCGUGACGACCUCCCGCUCCCGGACAUGAACAGACGCAGGAAGGAAACUGUGUUUGAAGUGACGAUUCCUUCAGAAUUUUAUAUUCACAUUGAAGUAUCGUUUUAUUUUUUUAAAGCGUCUUUAUGGAUUCUGAUCAGAAAUGUAAGCAGGCAUUGCCAAAGAACGUAUUUUUUAAAGUUAGAUUUUGGAUGGUACGACUCUGUAAUGAAAUAACAGCAAAAGGAGCUCAUUUCACUACAAUGAAAGGCGAGUUCAGUGUCAUACCUAGCGCCCUCCCUUUUAUUUUAAGUUGCCAGAGUGUGUUUGUUCUUGUCAAAGCGAGACAGAGAAGAGGAGGGAGAAAGCGCCUCCCAGGAGGCCUGCUCAUGCCUCAGACUUUUCUGUUUCUCAGUCCUGUUGGAAUUUAGGGCAUGCACACACAUAUGCCUGGUGUAUUUUUCCAGCCACCAUGGCUGGGAUUCAAACUGUAGUCACCCACGUAGGAACCAACAUCCUUUAACCACCAGGCUAAGGGACUGGCUCCAGCAUUAUUCUUUAUAACAAGGUUCUCCUAAAAUUGAAAAGAUUUCAGUGUAUUAUAUUACUGCUUCAUUAAGCAAGUGACUAGAAAUCCAAAGACGUAACUAAUGUUUAUAUAUUUGAAAGUGAUUACAUUGAAAUUUUCUUACCAUAGCUCUCAUACCAAAGGAGAUACGGCUGGCUAGUGACAGUAACAGUCAUGUUAAAAUAGACUGUUCCCUCAGCUUUCUUUUGUGUAUUAGAAUUUGUAUUUUGUUUAAGUUCUAUUUUUGUGUAUUUUCAUGUGGAAUGUUUUUUAGAGUCUGUUAAAAGAUGUUUAUAAAGAAACAGUUAUAUUGUUGGUAAGCUUACCAAAAUCUUUCAGUACUCAGGAAAAAAAAGAAUAGUUACUUUGAUGUUGAAAUAAUUUUCACAAAAUUAAACACUAAGAAGUUUUGGCUUGGUCAUACAGCCUGGGUCAUCAGUUACUAUUAACAUAAUAAUAUUUCAUAUUGCUGUUAUGAAACCGUGUUCAUUCUUUGCUGGUUCAGUCCUUUGAGCUAUGUUUUGCUUUGUGUUUUAGUUUAGCACAGCCUCUUUUCUGACUACUGUAAAAGACACUCAAACCAGCAUGAGUCUGGCAGUUUGUACACUGCCUCGAGUAACAAUAAGUUAGAUCAGUCUGGCUUGGGCAAGUUCCAAGUGCAGGAUCAUUCUAUCUAUUAAAAAUAUUUUCUGAAUUAUUAUAACCCAAAACAAGUGGAAAAGGUAAGAUUGGAGGAUUCCUGAGGGUGGGCUCCUGAAACAUCAUGAAAGUUCAAGUUCAGACUUGAUUAUACCUAUUUCAUUUUUCUGGAAACACUGAGUGUCCUAACACAAAACAGUCCUCCCCUUUGACGG